AUGAUGAGACGCAGUGACAUAACACACGUACUAUGUUUAUCAUGUGUUCUGAUUGUCAUCUAUGUGAAAUCUCAGCCAAGCUGUCCUGCUGGCUGGUUUGGAUCUCGGUGUAACUACAAAUGUCGAUGUUUCAACAACACAUGUGACAAGAACGGCCAGUGUAUAUACCCUUUCACAUGUCUGGCUGGAUGGUUCGGUCCCGAAUGCCAAUACUCCGACGUGACUAACAAAACGAUCAACGACGCAGUUCUGACAGAUGGCAACGAAAGCACGUGUGUUGCUCCUUCGGCCCCUGACACGGUGACCAUCGUGUUGCAGUCUAUUUUCUUCACCUGGCUCAGAGUCUGUGUCCAAAAUCAGGGAUCAGCUGCACUUGAGGAUCUGACAGUGACGUUCUCCAACAGAAAAACCGACGUCAGCUGUAGCGACAUGAAGAAAGUGGCUGUGGACAGCAAAACCCUGGACGUGCACUGUAAGACCUACAAAGAAAUCGACACAGUGACUUUGAAAGGUGCAGUCGUUACCAGACUGUGCUCGGUCUAUGUCAGCGGUGGUCGCAACGUGGGGCUGAAGGAGAUGGCUAAGCAAGAUACAACGCAUGCUAACAUUUUUAAUAACAAACCACGAGACUACCCAGCUUCACUGGCAGUGGAUGGUGAUACCCGAAACCAUUUUUUUGAAUGGUCUUGCGCACGCACCAAUGGAACAUUUACAUGGACUUUGACUUUGUCACAGACACGCAUGGUAAACAGGUACAAGGUCUACAACAGAAAUGAUUAUCAGCAUAGGAUGAAGGGAUUCACCUUGGAAAGUUUCGAUUCAGAUAAUAGAUCGCUGUUCUUACAUCGAGACACUAUUCCUGAACCUCAGACGAUCUACAUAAUUAACCUAAUUCCAAUACCUGUCAAGAUGCUAAUAAUCACCUUCUUCAAUAGAGAAAAUGACCUCAUGCUUUGUGAGGUGGAGUAUAUGGAG